GAGAACCCGGCAAGCGGGCGAACCAGUGGGGUAACUGGUGUAAAAUGGCGCUGUCUCAAGGAACAAAGAAAAAAGUUUGCUAUUAUUAUGACGGUGACGUGGGGAACUAUUACUACGGUCAAGGCCAUCCUAUGAAGCCCCACAGGAUCCGCAUGACACACAACCUCCUCCUCAACUAUGGACUCUACAGAAAAAUGGAGAUCUAUAGGCCACACAAAGCCAGCGCUGAAGAGAUGACCAAGUACCACAGCGACGACUACAUCAAGUUCCUGAAGUCCAUCCGUCCAGACAACAUGUCUGAGCACAGCAAACAGAUGCAGAGAUUUAAUGUCGGAGAGGACUGUCCAGUUUUUGACGGUCUGUUUGAGUUUUGCCAGCUCUCGACAGGUGGCUCAGUCGCUGGAGCAGUGAAGCUGAACAAGCAGCAGACGGACAUCGCCAUAAACUGGGCUGGCGGACUCCACCAUGCCAAGAAGUCUGAGGCGUCCGGCUUCUGCUACGUCAACGACAUCGUCCUCGCCAUCCUGGAGCUGCUGAAAUACCACCAGAGGGUGCUCUACAUAGACAUCGACAUCCACCAUGGCGACGGUGUCGAGGAGGCCUUCUACACCACAGACAGGGUCAUGACCGUUUCCUUCCACAAAUACGGGGAAUACUUCCCCGGCACUGGAGAUCUGAGGGACAUCGGAGCAGGAAAAGGCAAGUAUUACGCCGUAAACUACCCUCUAAGAGACGGCAUCGACGAUGAGUCUUACGAAGCCAUCUUCAAACCUAUUAUGGCUAAAGUCAUGGAGAUGUACCAGCCCAGUGCUGUGGUUCUGCAGUGUGGAGCAGAUUCUCUUUCUGGAGACCGACUGGGCUGCUUCAACCUCACCAUCAAAGGCCAUGCCAAGUGCGUGGAGUACAUCAAAAGCUUCAACCUCCCUCUGCUCAUGCUGGGUGGAGGCGGCUACACCAUCCGCAACGUCGCCCGCUGCUGGACCUUCGAGACGGCCGUGGCCCUGGACUCGUCCAUCCCCAACGAGUUGCCCUACAACGAUUACUUUGAAUACUUCGGGCCCGACUUCAAGCUGCACAUCAGCCCCUCCAACAUGACCAACCAGAACACCAACGAGUAUCUGGAGAAGAUCAAGCAGCGGCUCUUCGAGAACCUGCGCAUGCUGCCUCACGCCCCCGGUGUCCAGAUGCAGGCCAUCCCCGAGGACGCCCCGCACGCCGACAGCGGAGACGAGGACGAGGAGGACCCCGACAAACGCGUCUCCAUCCGGGCCCACGACAAGAGGAUAGCCUGUGAGGAAGAGUUCUCAGACUCUGAGGACGAGGCUGAGGGACAAGGUGGCGGCCGCAGGAACGCAGCCAAUCACAAAAAGGCAAAGAGAGUGAAGAAGGAGGAAGAGAAGGAAGGCGAGGAAAAGAAAGAAGUGAAGGAGGAAGAGAAAGAGGAGGAGAAGAUGGACACGUCUGGACCAAAAGAGGAGAUAAAGACAACUUGAAGUGAUCCUGAGGGAGAAGUGUCCGUCCUGUUGUCCUCCGGCAACCAGAGGAUCUUUUUGUAUUCCUGUUUUCCUUCGUUCCUGCAGACAAACCUGCUUUCCAUUGUUUACAUGAGUUGAGCAGCAGGUGGAUGGGAUGGAGGUCAACCCCACCCACCUGCCACCCACCGUAUGAGAUGUAAAAUUCCCUCCGACCCCUGUGAGCUCUUUGUGGACAUCAGGUUUGCUGUGAUAAGAAAACUGUUUCCAUGCUGGGAUUUCUGAUUAAAGCCUGUCUGUGAGGCCUUCCUGUUUGUUUUUUUUUUUUUUUUAUUUCUAAAUAUUUAUGAAGCAUCAAAAGCAGUUCCACCUCACCGUAUACUCAUUAGUGAAUGCAUGCAUCAUCUCACCUUCAGCAUGUACAUAUUUCUUAGUCUCUGCCCCCCCCCCCCCCCCCCCCCCCC